AAACAUCUCAUAAUCGAAAUUUUUGACUUGACUCCACUUCCCAAAAUUCAACACACACAAAGAAACGAAAAAAAAAAAAUCUCGAAAAUGUAUAUAAAUAUGUGGGGAAGGGGGGAAUUAUUUUCACAUCAUUAGAAUCUUCCCAUCAAGAAGUACUUUGGCGAGGUUGGAAACAAAUAUUGCGAAUAAUAGAAAUAAGAAGAAAAAGAAAAUAUGAAUGCUAAGGUAUCUACAUCCGAUGAUACCAAGAAAGAUGAAGAAAUUGUGCUUCCUGGCUUUAGAUUCCACCCCACAGAUGAAGAGCUUGUUGGGUUUUAUUUGCUGAGGAAGGUGGAAAAGAAGCCUCUUCGAAUUGAACUCAUCAAACAGGUUGAUAUCUACAAAUAUGAUCCAUGGGAUCUUCCAAAAGUGAAUUCUGUGGGGGACAAAGAGUGGUAUUUUUUCUGCAUAAGAGGGAGAAAGUACAGGAACAGCGUGAGGCCUAACAGGGUAACUAGGUCAGGGUUCUGGAAAGCCACAGGGAUUGAUAAGAACAUAUAUUGUGUGAAAGAACCCCAUGAAUGCAUUGGUCUCAAGAAGUCAUUGGUCUACUAUCGUGGAAGUGCUGGCAAAGGCACCAAAACUGACUGGAUGAUGCAUGAGUUUCGUCUUCCACCCAAUGCAAAAUCCACCAACAAUACCAAUGACCUUCAAGAAGCUGAGGUGUGGACACUGUGCAGGAUAUUCAAACGCACCCCAUCUUUCAAAAAGUACACUCCAAAUUUGAAAGAGUCAACAACACCUGUCACCAAACCAAACCCUGUGAAUUCCAACACAUGCACCCUAGAUUCUGAAAAUUGCAAGCCAUAUUUGAUUUGCAGAGACCCCCUAGGGAUGCAACAAAUAGAAAGAAAACCGGUUAUUGGACAGGUUGAUGAAAAGAAGCACUUGUUUCUGGGCCAGUUUGCCCCAAUACCCCAUCAUCAUCAGGCCCCACCAAACCCAUACCCAAGUUUUUGGAAUCAGAAUGUUGAGGACUAUGCAUUUGCAAAUGAGAAUUGGGAUGACCUAAGAUCUGUGGUUCAGUUUGCAAUUGAUCCAUCCACGGUGUUUGAUUGUACAGAAGCAUAUGUUCCACCCUACUUUUCUUAGGUUGGACUGAGUAACAUUCUUAGAUAUAUAUGUUAUGUAUGAUUAUGAUGUAUGUAUGAACAUAUAUAGAGGCUACACUUGUCAUUGUUCUCAGUUUUUUCAUUUCUUGAAUGAACACCUAUGUGUAGAACUUUACUGGUUUUACUAUGUUUUGUUGUAAAACCUAAUAUUGACUUGUAUCUUGUCGUUUAUAUCCCUUUUCCCAUUGAUUGGGUCAAUAAAUAUAUACGUUACCUUGAUUUAUCAA